GGAUUCUAAAUUGAGCCCAGAAAACACUUCCAAUAGCAAGACAACACGUGGAGUAACUGACGAAAUACGCGGCCCAAGUGGAUCCCACCCAAAAAAGCUUUUGGCGGGUCAUUGACAACAAACAAAUUCAAAUAAGCAGUCUUUUAGCCAAUCCCUAGGUCACCCCCGCCCAAAAAAUAUUUCCCUCCAAUCCAUCAGUGGUUCCUUCUCCAUCUGCUAGGGUUUAUGCUUCUCUUUUUUCAGUUAAGUCGUAUCAAGUUAAUUAUUGAGGAAUUCGUGCCUAGCCUUUGUUAACAUGGAAUGAAAUCUGGGUCAAAUUUAAUCUUAAAUUGGAUACAUUAGUUUGGGAGUUAGUGAACCUUGAGGGUAAAGGUGAUCCCUAAACCUAAUUUCCUGCCAAGUGAAAAAACAGAAAUAGUAUUAUGGGGAAAGUAUCUCCUAAAGAUGGGCAAUCCAACAGUCUGAAACAGAAAAGGCGGUCGAAGAGUACAAAGAGCAAGUAUCUGAGACCAGGUGCUCUUGCACAACUUCGGAAUACCAAGGUUUCUGCUGCUAAAUGUUGUGCUUAUCUUUGGAAGAGAAGAGUGGUCGUAACGGAUACAGAUGAUGCUAAUAAGGAAGUUCUGUUUCUAAAUGAUGUUAAUGAUGAGAGUCCCAUAUUUCUAUCUCCCGUGAGAUCUCAUUUGAGGGAAGUGGCUUCACACAUGGAUUUAGCCAAGCAGAAUUAUUUGCUAAUGACUCCAAAGACACCCGGAGCUGUAGAAGGCAUGUUGGAGUCAAGGCUUGAGUCACUACCAUUGGAUUUAUUGGUUAACAUACUUUGCCACCUGCAACAUGACCAACUUAAAGCAGUUUUCCAUGUCUCUCAGAAGACCAGGAAGGCAGUAACUUUGGCAAGACAAUUCCAUUUCAAUUAUACGACUCCAGAUAGAAGGCGACAAGAUAUGUUAGGAACCAUGACUCCUCUCCCCACUGAUCACUGUCCUUUUGCAAGGAAAGGGGAUGGGAAAGGUGCAUGGGUUCACAGCCCUGUUACUCCUCAGGCUCCUAAGCAUGGUCCCAAGCCCCCAUCUCGCCUCAAGUUUAUAGAGAUGGAGCAAAUUGCAGCUGUUCUUUUCCAGGAAUCUGCAUUUCCUUCAAGGCAUUUGGUGCCAUCUGUUAUACCAAAACCCCUUUGUAAGCCCUUGGGUUCUAAUAGAGUCCUAUUUUACGAGGAUGAAUUAUGCCAGGCUGUUUCUCAGAAUAAACUUCGUUAGCUUCUGUUUAGUUUCUCAUCUCCUAAUGUGUAUAGUAGGAAUCUUGGUAGUACUACAGCCAUGAUAGAGUUCUGUAACAUUAUCAAGGCAUUCGUGGAAGUUGUGGUGUUUGAAGAUUGCAGUAGGUUAUACAGGUUUGAAGAUUGU